ACCCGGGCACUUGGCGGCACUGAGCAAAACCUUGGAGGGCCGCACAAGCGCGAUCAUAAACGCACCAAGGGAAGCAUCGGUCGGCUUUCUGCCAAAUCUCAACUAGUAUGGCACCAAAUCCUAGGAGAGAGUUCAAGGCGAACGAAUCGGACGACGACUUUGCUGGGUUCGAUGACGACGACGAUGCCCUGCCAGCGGCCUCCGAAGUCAAGCUCCAGGUCCACGACAUAGAUUCGGACGAGGAAGAGCUCGAACGGCUGGUUCUCGGCGACAGGGACAGCUUCCGCAGCAAGCUCUUCGACCAUGACGACCUGUCCGCGGCAAAGGACGUGGCGCUGGCCGACGUUCCCCCUGCGCCCGAUAGCGGCGCUGCGCACAUGACCGACUCGGCGCUGUUUUUCUUCGCCACCGACAAGGAGCCGGUCGCCGACGGGCAGCUGGCCAAAUCCUCGCUGAAGACGCUCCAGGACCCCACCGCGCGGGGCGACGCGGCCGCCUGGGAGGACAGCGACGACGAGAAGCUCUCAGUGUCCCUCGCGGGCGCCACGAGGCUGCGGAAGCUGCGGCUGACGGAAGGCGAGGACAUGGUGAGCGGGGCCGAGUACUCCAGGCGGCUGCGCCAGCAAUACCUGCGCUUGAACCCGGAGCCGUCUUGGGUCAAGGACGCGACCGGGCGCGAGCCGAAGCGGCGGCGGAGGUCGUCGGCGUCCUCCGGGUCCGACAGCGGGAGCGAGGACGAGGACGGGGACAUUGACCCGUCCACCAUGCCGCUAGAGGAGUUUCUGCGCGACGCCAGCGCCCUCGUGGAGAGCGCGGGGCCGAGGAAGAGGAGGAAACUCCGGCCCGAAACCAUCAACAUCCAAAAGACGCGCGACAUCCCAGAUGUUCACAAGGGCCCCGUCGAGUCCCUGUCAUUCCACCCCCAGCACCCUGUGCUUCUCUCGUCGAGCACAUCCUCGAUGCUGCACCUCCACCACAUAUCGCCGGCCGCAUACCCAACCCCAAACCCGCUCCUCACCUCGGUGCAGGUGCAGAACACUCCCAUCCGAAGGGCCGAGUUCCAGUACCCCUCCGGGGAUAAGAUAUUGUUUGCGGGCCGGCGGCGCUUUUUCCAUUCGUGGGAUCUGUCGUCGGGGCAGGUGACCAAGGUCAGCCGGAUACACGGACAUAGACUCGAGCAGCGAACGGUCGAACGCUUCCGACUGAGCCCCUGCGGCCGGUACAUGGCCAUGAUCGCGACGGACCGCAAGGGCGGCGGUAUGAUCAACAUGAUGCGGGUCAGUACGAUGCAAUGGAUAUCCCAGGCGAGGCUGGAUGGGCGCGGGGGCAUCGCCGACUUUUGCUGGUGGAGGACGGGCGAUGGCAUCACGAUCCUCGGCAGGGACGGGCAGGUUGGAGAGUGGAACUUGGAAGAGAAGAGAUUCGUUGGCGUCUGGAGGGACUCGGGCUCGACGGGCGGAACUGUUCUUGCCAUGGGUGGGCGCGACGGGCCCUCGGAACUAGGUAGCGACCGAUGGGUUGCCGUCGGCUCCAACAGUGGCAUCCUUCAAGUCUACGACAGACACGACCUCGUCGUCGACAAGGGCGCCCCCAGCGGCGACGACGGCGCGGGUGUUGUGUCGGUUGUCAAGGCACAUCCGGAGCCAACGCGGGUCUUCGAGUCGCUUACGACACCCAUCACCGUCGUCACGUUCUCGCCCGACUGCCAGCUACUGGGUUUCGGGAGCAUUCACAAAAAAGACGCCUUCAAGCUGGCGCACAUGCCCAGCUGCACUCUGUAUCGCAACUGGCCGACGGCGGAUACGCCAUUUGGCAAGAUCACGGCGGUUGCGUUUGGGCGGCAGAGCGAUCUGCUGGCAGUGGCCAAUGAGCGAGGCAAGAUUCGACUAUGGGAAAUCAGGAGCUGAUAGGCUAUCAUACCUAGGAGCCGCUCCAAGCCUGAUGGAGCCCGGGAUAGCUAUUUUAGUCGCCUCUUACCUGGCGGCAAGCAAAGGCUGCCAGGAAUGUACUAUUUGAUAAUGGGCAGGACUCGCAUUGAUGAAGUUCACUGGCACACGAAGCAUGUGGCCGUGUACAGUGUUUGGAGAGGAUUUGGCGCAAAGAUGCAGCGAAUGCCAGACCACCAACAAGGCUCUAUGGUGUGGCUGUCGCCUCGCCUGGUCA